AUGGCGGAGGAGGAGAAGCUGCCCGCGGGGUGGGAGAAGCGCAUGAGCCGCAGCUCCGGCCGCGUGUACUACUUCAACCACCUGACGAACGCCAGCCAAUGGGAGAGGCCGAGCGGGGCGGGGAGGGCGGAGCCGUGUCGCGUGCGUUGCUCUCACCUGUUGGUCAAGCACAGCCAAUCACGGCGCCCGUCCAGCUGGAGGCAGGAGCGCAUCACCCGCACCAAGGAGGAGGCGCUGCAGCUCGUCAACGGGCAGAUGCAGAAGGCGUUCGAGGACGCGUCGUUCGCUCUGCGCGCCGGCGAAAUGAGCGGCCCCGUGUUCACGGAAUCCGGCAUCCACAUCAUCCUCCGCACCGAGUGAAGCCCCCUGGGC